AUGGGGUUCACACCCGGACAGUCCUCCGGUGAAAGGAGAAGGAACGGUGACAUCUCAAGGGUUGCAUCUUGUCUUGGAGACCGACAAAGCCAUGCUGCACGUCCCGGUGAAAGUCUAAUAGAGGGUUCUUGUAUGGAUGCCAGACAGAGGGAAGCUGACUGUCCUGAUAACAGAUCCACGGAAGGUACCCGUCCUGAUAACAUUUCCAGGCAAGCUGCUCGUCCUGGUGACAUUUCAAUGAAUGUUCGAACUGACAGUAAAGGUGUUCUAAUGACUUGGAAAAAUACCAGUUUGUCUCACAUGUUCAUAAGUAUUUCAUUAUUAGCUAAAUUAGAGGAGAAUUACCAGCAGAAUUCCAAUGAAUGA